GUCCGUUGGAAUAUUCCCGUAUGUUCUAAAGCUUCUGCAGACGACAACGCCGGAGCUGCGACAAAUUCUGGUUUUUAUAUGGACAAAGAUUCUGGCCUUAGAUAAGUCUUGCCAGGUUGAUUUAGUAAAGGAUGGUGGGCAUACAUAUUUCAUCCGCUUUCUUGAUAGCCUUGAAGCUUUCCCAGAACAGCGGGCAAUGGCUGCAUUUGUUUUAGCGGUAAUUGUUGAUGGGCACAGGCGAGGCCAGGAAGCAUGCAUCGAAGCUAAUUUAAUCCACGUCUAUUUAAAGCAUCUCCAGAGUUCAACACCAAAUGAUGGACAAACUGAGCCGCUAUUUCUUCAAUGGCUUUGUCUUUGUCUUGGAAAACUGUGGGAAGACUACAUAGAUGCUCAAAUCAUAGGAUUGCAGGCUGAUGCCCCUGCUGUGUUUAGUUCUUUAUUGGCUGAGCCUCAACCAGAGGUUAGGGCGUCAGCAAUUUUUGCACUGGGUACUCUACUUGAUGUAGGGAGUGACUCGUCUAGAGAUGGUGUUGUCGAUGAUGAUUGUGAUGAUGAUGAAAAAAUUAGGGCUGAAACCAGUAUUGUUGGAAGUCUCUUAAGUGUUGUUUCGGAUGGAAGUCCACUUGUUAGGGCUGAGGUUGCUGUUGGUAUGAUUCUCUAUUCCCCUUGUUUUCUGCUUAUACUUGCUGUCUUCGCGUGUGCGAGUAAGAUAUGA